GCGAUGCGUGGUUGCUAGGGGCGCCUGAGACCGCCAGCUCGCCCUGCAGGCCGAGGGAGGAGGAGCGCGGAGCCGGCGCCGAGCCCAGGCGAAGCUGGAUCCCCUAGGUAAGGCCAGCUUAUUUGCUCCUAAGAUAAGUUCCUGCAGGCUGCUGAGUGGAGGGUCAGCUGAUGGUGGAUCCUUUGACCUUAGUCAAAGAGAGCUGACGGACUUCCAGGAUGCAGCUGGUACUACUCGAGGUGUGUGGCAUCUUCCCUGAGCCAGGCCAUGAGGCCAUGUGGCCAUGAUGUGGGCCUCUCGUGGCCUCAGCAUGAACAGGGCGCCACAGUGUCGGCCUCCACCGGGGAAGCAGCCUCCAGCAGCCUGGGCCCUCAGCCGCAGUGCCUGCCCCGCCGCCUGAGGAACCUCCCUGAGGGCGAGGCCCGGCCUCGGGCCCAUCAGCGGGGGAAGCCCGUCUGGAAGCUGGAGAGUCCUGUGGGGACGGCGUCGGCAGGCCUGGCCCCAGCCCUCCUGGAGCUCCACGGCCAGCCUGCCUAUUUCUUCUGCCCCAGUUCUCUAUGCAGCUCUGGCACCGCGGCCGUCCUCGCGGGCCGCAGCAGCUCCUGUUGCCUGCACUCUCUGCCGUACCUGCUCAGCAGCACCCUGCUGUGUCGCCGCUCUGACGCCUGGCACAAACCAUCCCAGCAGCCGGAGUCUUUCUGCUUGCGUUCCAACUCGUCAGAAAAAACACCGUUUCCUCCCCCUCGAAAGAGCGUCCCUGUCAGUUUCACUGCCAGCAAAGCCGCGUCCUCCACGGUCUCGCCCAUGGCCCAGCCCGUGGCGUCCUCGUCUGCGGAUCUGUACCUUUCAGUGGCGUCAGCUGGGGAAAACCCUUCCAGGAAGAGCCUGGCCUGUGCCAUCUCAGGGAAGAUCCCGUCCGCUCUCUCCUCCUUCAAACCCACGCUCAAUAACAAUUCCUUCAUGCGGCCAAACAGCACUAGAGUGCCUUUCGCACAGGCCACAGAGGGCCUGAAGCCAGUAUCCUCCCCUCAGAUCCAGGCUGUCUCCUGGCAUCAUCUGGGGGGUACUGGAGACUGCGUGCCCCGACCUCUUGACCGUCAGGUGCCCAGGGGCUUUGGCAAUGUCCUGGAUGAUGCCACUGCCCAUGUCGCCCCAUCUGCUCCUAGGUCCCUCCACACAUCCUCCACCAGUGUUGCCUGUCCGCAGUAUAACCAGUGUAGCUUAGCCACGGUGGCGGAGCCGCAUGCCUGUGGCCUGGGUGAGAACACUGAGUCCCAGGCUCAGGCUAAAGAGGUUCGGUUCACAGAGGCUGUGAGGAGGCUGACUGCAAAAGGCUACGAGAGGAUGCGGAAGCAGGGCUGCCAGUUGGAACAGUCUUGUUUUGUGAACCCUCGCUUCCAGUGGAGCCUCCUCAACAGGAACAGGCAGUGGAAGCCUGUGGCAGGCCAGCAGCUUCCCCAGGAGGACACUGCGUCGGACAGCAGGGGCCCCCCGAGCACCUCGGACGCCGUGGGGUUGGACAGUACAGUCUUCUGUACCAAACGUAUCAGCAUUCACCUCCUUGCCUCACAUGCCAAUGGGCUCAACGACAGCCCCGCCUGCACAUCUGCAGGCGACCUCCUGCUGCUCGGAGAAGACAAAGCUUUGGCUCCCUCUCCUCCCGCUCAGCCCCUCGGCAUAGCCAGUGUGGCCUCCCGCCUCUCUUCCAUCCGUCUGGGCCAGACUGAGAAGGAGGGGCCCGAGGGUGCCACGGAGCUGGACUUACCUGCCAGGGACAUUGGUUCAGCUAGUGACCUCCAGUCAGAACACUUUGAAACUGAAGAUGUAGAAGAAGAACUAAUGGAUGGUUUGGAAGACUCCUGUAGCCAUGAUGAGAACGAAGAAGAGGAGGGAGACUCAGAGUGCUCCUCAUUAAGUGCUAUCUCCCCUGGCGAGUCCAUGGCAAUGAUCUCUCGGAGCUGCCUGGAGGCUCUGACCAAACCCCUCUCCAAUCAUGAGAAAGUUGUCCGACCGGCCUUCAUCUACAGUCUCUUCCCCAACAGGCCCCCUACCAUCUAUUUUGGCACUCGGGACGAGAGAGUGGAGAAACUUCCCUGGGAGCAGAGGAAGCUGCUCCGAUGGAAGAUGAGCACAGUGACCCCCAACAUUGUCAGGCAGACCAUUGGACGGUCCCAUUUCAAAAUCAGCAAGAGGAAUGACGACUGGUUGGGCUGCUGGGGCCACCACAUGAAGUCUCCUAGCUUCCGAUCUAUACGAGAGCAUCAGAAGCUGAACCACUUCCCAGGGUCAUUCCAGAUUGGGAGGAAGGACCGGCUGUGGCGGAAUCUGUCCCGCAUGCAGAGCCGUUUUGGCAAGAAGGAGUUCAGCUUCUUCCCCCAGUCCUUUAUCCUGCCCCAGGACGCCAAGCUCCUGCGCAAAGCCUGGGAGAGCAGCGGCCGUCAGAAGUGGAUCGUGAAGCCACCAGCAUCCGCUCGUGGCAUUGGCAUCCAGGUGAUUCACAAGUGGAGUCAGCUCCCCAAGCGAAGGCCCCUCCUGGUGCAGAGGUAUCUACACAAGCCCUACCUCAUCAGCGGCAGCAAGUUUGAUCUGCGGAUCUAUGUUUACGUCACUUCCUACUACCCUCUUCGAGUUUACCUCUUUUCAGAUGGACUCGUCCGCUUUGCCAGCUGCAAGUAUUCCCCUUCCAUGAAGAGCCUUAGCAACAAGUUCAUGCACCUGACGAACUACAGUGUCAAUAAAAAGAAUGCUGAGUACCAGGCCAAUGCAGAUGAAACGGCCUGCCAGGGGCACAAAUGGGCACUGAAGGCUUUGUGGAGCUACCUGAGCCAGAAGGGAGUCAACAGUGAUGCCAUCUGGGAGAAGAUAAAGGAUGCUGUUGUCAAAACCAUCAUCUCGUCAGAGCCCUACGUGACCAACCUGCUCAAGAUGUAUGUGCGGUGCCCCUACAGCUGCCAUGAGCUAUUCGGUUUUGACAUCAUGCUGGAUGAAAACCUUAAGCCCUGGGUCCUGGAAGUGAACAUUUCCCCAAGCCUGCACUCCAACUCUCCACUGGACAUCAGCAUCAAAGGCCAGAUGAUCCGUGACCUUCUGAACUUAGCAGGGUUUGUUCUGCCCAACCCGGAGGAUGUUCUUUCUGGCUCCAGCAGCUCCAGCAGCUCCAGCACCAGCCUGUCCAGCUCUCCCAGAGACAAGUGUCGAGUGGCCCCACAGCAUCUCACUGCGCAGAAGAUGAAGGAAGCCUACUUUCUGACGCAGAAAAUCCCAGAUCAGGAGUUCUACGCAUCUGUGCUGGAUGUCCUGACGCCAGAUGAUGUCCGAGUUCUGGUUGAGAUGGAGGAUGAGUUUUCUCGCCGAGGUCAAUUUGAACGAAUCUUUCCUUCUCGAAUCUCCUCUCGCUAUCUCCGCUUUUUUGAGCAGCCACGAUAUUUCAACAUUCUCACCACCCAGUGGGAACAGAAGUACCAUGGCAACAAGCUGAAAGGAGUGGAUCUGCUUCGGAGUUGGUGCUACAAAGGGUUCCACGUAGGAGUCGUCUCUGAUUCUGCCCCAGUGUGGUCUCUCCCAGUGUCACUUCUGACUGUUGCAAAGGAUGAUAGGACACUCAAUGCCUUACGCCAGUUGGAGACCGACAAGCUGGGAAAACACAGCUCCUCCGAGGGAAGCCCAGCAGCCUCUGAAGAUGGGGCCACACCCAAGCCCAGGAACAUCCAAGCUGGCCUUAGCCGGAAACCCAGUUCCUCAAAGCACAGUGAGGACACCAGCAAAGAGCCCAGCCUCCCCGCCCAGGCAUUACCUGUGACCAGCUACCAUGGGUGGACCUCGACACUUUGAUCGUCUGCUUCCCAGGCCACCAGCUGCUGCGAGCCCACACCUGACCUGUGCACGGAACACCAGGGUCAGCUACCUCAGGGGAACCAACCUGCCGAUCAGCCUGAGCCACCACCCCUCCACGUUGCCCCUUAUCAGAGUAUUUUUUUUGAAGUGGUCGCAUUGUAGACACGGGCGUCUGGAGGAGCGGUGGUGAUGGGGCUGGCCCCUCCUGUCUCAGCUGAGAAGCCAGUGGUGGCCGGGCAGCCUUAUAAAGCAGGGUUUGGUUUCUACCUCCAGAGCCAUGUGUGCUUUGUGUUUGGCCUCAGUGCAGUGGUUGAGUGGAGCCCAAGAGGAGAGAAGUUCCUGAACGGGUGUGGGCCGGAAGUCCUUUGUUCUUCAGUCAAGGGGUUUCCUCCGGAGGGCCUCAUUUCCUCAGGCCUCCUCUCCACACCCCUGCACGCAGGAUCCCGACUUCCUCAGUAGGGGGCAGAAGAGUCCAGAACGUGCUGAGCCCAUCUCCUGUCACUGCAGUGUCUGCUCUUUCAGGCACCCACCCAGCCCGUGGCGCUAGGGCUCUGCGUUCUGGCCCCGUCUCGCUACUUGUUCAGCCUGCUAGACUCCCCUCACAGCUGUUACCUCCUCAGCUCCUGGCUUUCUGUGAGCUUUGUGAAUUUCCCCGGCCCCAGUGAAGAAGCCCGGAUAAUCGCAGUUGCCAUUAACUGUGCCCUGCGUCAAAGGACACAGUUCUUGGGGAGGGUGGGAGGAGCCGAGGCUUCCCACUCGGGCUGGCAGCUCGGUGGGCCAUCACUGUUGUAGGCUGGCCUUCCAGACGCCUGCUAAACUCUUGAACUGAAAGGAAUCUACCUCCCUCCCCAAGCCUAAGUAAACAGUGAGUGCUCAAUAAAUGCUGAUGGAGUGAACUGUACAUACAGAAAUCUCAAAGGACUCGAGCGCCUGAGCCAGAAGUUCUCUCUCACCUGGGGGGAGGCACAAGGCUUAGAGUGGGGCAGAAAGGUGGUUUGCACGUGGACCCUGCUUGUCCCUAGCCCAGCACCUCCUAUGGCUGCUGGCCUCCUCGAGUCAGUCCCUACAGUCGGUUUACUUAGUACUGUAGCCGCAGUGCACACUGGGAGCUAACCAGAAACUGGCCCCACAUCUCCCAUGGGCUGGUUUCCCCUUUGUGCAUCAGACAUCCAGGCUGGGCUGCUGCCAUCACGGCCUCCAGUUACCCCAUUUCUUCUGAACUUUGAAAACAUGGAGAUGAACCCCCGACCCCUACCCCGGCGGGCUCCUGAUGUCAGGUGGUGAGUUGGAGUGGAGACCUGGAAAGGUCACUGAGAGUCCUGAUACAGCGUUCAAGGAUAUAGAGUAGGGGAGUGGGCCAGGCAGUCCUAAGGUCAUGUUGACAUUUGUGAAGAAAGUGUGGUGGUGACAAAGUCCAGGGCAGCAUGUGCCGUCCAGUCCUGAGGACUUCAAAGUCGGGCCACGGUGGCAGAGGUCCUUGCCGGUCCCGUCAGAUCUUAGCUGAUAUCGUUGAAGGGAACUCCCUCCUGCCCUUCGUGGAUCAAGCACUGAGUGUCGGCAGCCUUCCUAUGGGGGAGCUCGCUGCCUCUUAGUCCGGUGCUGCCUGCUGGGUGCUGCAUCACUCCCUGGGAACCAACCUCAGAAACCCUGCACAGCUCAGCCAGUCUGACCCAGAUGGGGAGCAGUCCCCCAGGCGGGGACGCAGGGGCACCGGGGGAGGGAGGGCAGGACUUAGGAGACUCCGUGAGUGAUGCAAGUAAAGUGUGUUUUGCAGUUUAAAACCUGUUCCCACGUGUGUUUUUAUUUCUGCUAGGUGUGGUAGUCUGCUGGCUGGAGGAAGGGGGUUGGCUUUUGUAUCAUGUUUACUUUUCCCUUGGAGAGCAAAGCUGCUCUGGCUUAUCGAACAUUCAGCUAAAUAAGGAAUUGCUGAGGAGUAUGGGGGGUUUUUUUGGGAAGUGUAAGUCGAGGUCCAGGGGCCGGUGUUGUGGCACAGCGAGGUAAGCCACUGCUUCUGUGUGGUGCAGGCAUCCCACGUCGGAGUGCUGGGUCAUGUCUCAGCUGCUCCGCUUCCCAGCCAGCUCCCUGCAAGUACGCCUGGGACGGCAGCGGAAGACGGCCCAGAUACCUGGAAGGUAUUCCCAAAUACCCACGUGGAGACCAGCGUGGAGUGCCUGGCCCAGCCCCAGCCACUGUGACCUUUUGGGGAGUGAA